AUGUCCAUCGCCUCGGACGCGCAGCUCUUUGAGGAGCACUUUCGCGUCGAGAGGCUCAGCGAGCCCAAGUACGACCGCGUUGACCGUAUCUACUGCAAGUCGGAGCCGGACAAGAGCAUCGACAUGACGCUUGACGUCAACAAGGAGCUGUUCCCUUGCAAGGUGGACGACGAGCUGCACAUUGCGCUGGCCACAUCGCUGCACUACGACGGCAGCAAGGACGAGGAGCGCGGGUGGCGCGACGUGGCCAAGGCCGGCUCCAGCGAGGCGACUCUGGCCGACAUCUUUGAGUAUGUCUGCUACGGAAAGAUAUACAAGUUUGAGGACGCCGAGGAUGGGCAGACAAUUAAGGCCUAUAUCUCUUUCGGUGGCCUACUAAUGUCACUUGAAGGGCCGUACAAGAAGCUCACGCCCUUGCGGGUGGACUAUGUCUACCUGCUUGCUCGGAAGCGGUGA